AACGCACUUCUCAAUUCACUUUCUCGCCUUCUUCUCCGUCUCUCUUUCGCGUCUCGUCCUGGAACAGACGUCUCUUUCCACUCCUCAUCCUACCCACCCCAAGAACGUUGCCCUGGACGUUUGCAAUCUACAUCGAUAAGAAAACUCUUCUAUACUUGGCAAUCGAUCAAGAAGACAAAAUGGGUCAACAACCAUCUAUCCCAACAGACCUCAGUCGAGAGCUCCAAGUCAUUGGCGCAGGCUUCUCACGAACGGGGACUGUCAGCUUCUCCAUGGCCCUCGAAAGACUCCUUCAAGGUCCCGUCUGCCACUCCGGAACCGCUGUCCUCAUGCGGGAAGAAGAAUACAUCAAAAGCUGGAUCAAAAUCCAACAACCAGGCGCCAGUCAAGAAGUCAUCAACGAGAAUCUCAGAAGCUUGACAGCAGGAUACGUAGCCACUACAGACACGCCAGCUACUUUCUUCACUGAGGAGUUGACGAAGUUGUAUCCGAACGCAAUUGUGAUUUGCACGACGAGGGAAAGAGCAGCGUGGUGGAAGAGUGCGCAGGCGUUGACGAAGAACAUUAAUCUUUGGUGGUUGGAUGCUAUGCUCUGGCCAAUGCCAACGUUGAGGUACUUUGCUAAGUGGAGGGAUUCGUGUGGUGAUAGAAUCGAAAUUGCUUAUCAAAGACCUAAGGAAGACAUGGAUGGUCCUCAACUCCUAGAUAUCCACGAAGAUUAUGUUCGGCGCGUGGUCCCACCAGAGAGACUCUUCUUCUUCAAUGUCAAGGAGGGAUGGGGACCUCUUUGCAAAAUUCUCAAUUGUCCCGUCCCUGAUGAACCCUUCCCGAGGGCGAACGAUGCGGGCGCGAUGCAAGAGUUUUUCGAAGGCGUGGUGAAGAAGGCGUUAUUGAAGUGGGCGCAGAUGUUCGGCGUUGUUGGUGUUGGGAUUGGGGUUGGUGUCUGGUGUUUGAAGCACUGGAGGGGGGUUUGUUGUGAGGCGCUUGAGUGAGGUUGGCUUUUCUUCUGCAGUGGAAAUUUGGGACGGUAGAAGGAUGGAUGAUGGAUGAGAG